AAAGCCAGAGCUGAAAAUUUCAAGAAAAAAGGCAAUGAAGCUCUAGCCAAGAAUGCGUACCAGAAAGCAUUUGAAUUUUACACAGAAGCACUAAAGAUCGACCUGAAGGAUGCUACAUAUCGCUGCAACAGAUCAGCUGCCUCGUACUCUCUGGAGAACUUUGAAGACGCCAUGGAAGAUGCAUACGUCGCCACAAGAAUUGAUCCGAAAUAUGCAAAAGCCUGGUCCAGAAUUGGUGCCGCAUCCACAAAAUGUGGUCUUACGAAACGAGGCAUCCAAGCCUUUGAGCGCGCCAUCGAGCUCGCGGGCAACAAUGUCUCCGCCGCCAUGCAAACUGGUCUUGCCAACGCAAAAGCCCAACAAGAAGAUGAGCUCAAGAAAAUCGACGAUGAGAAAGACCUGAAGAAGCGCGAAGAGCUGCGAAAGGCGUAUAUAGAACAAGACUACAACACAUUGAUGAAGGGGGUUGAAAUGCACUCGCGCUGCCAUGAGCAACAGGUUGAAGGACUGCUACUGUUUGCCGAGAAGAUGAAGUGGCCAUGGAUCAAUGAGGUAAGAAACUACGCAGAAGAAGCAUACAGUGACUUGCGAGGGGGUCAAAAUCUUCCUGCAGACUUGCACGAUUGGCUCUUCGGCAUGACACUUCCAGGUCAAUGGUUUGCAUUCAAGAUCAUGACAGCGUUGAUUCUAUGCACACCAUCCAUCAAGCAAAAGACCGGUAUAGCCGCCUUCUUCGACUGUGGUCUCUCACUCACAAAGAAAUCAUACUGGAGAGUCCGUACAGUACUCGGUCGAGUCCUGGGCUGUCUCCCAGGCGUCAUCUCCCUCUGCGGAUGGAUCGGACCUUGCCCACCUGUAGAAUUCCUCUCCCCAGUCCCCGGAGACGCAGACAAACCCCACCACAUCCGACUAAAAGCGCGCAACCUCAGUCUCGUAAAGCACAUAUCCCGGGACCCCAGUGCACCAAUAUUGAUUAGCAGCUCUGGCCGCCGCUACGACGACACGCAGCCGAAAGAAGGCGAAGAAAUCGAGCCCUGGAUGGCCGACAUGCGCAACGCAAACAACUGGAUCGUCCCCGAGCCCCCCGUCAAGCAAGUCGGCACCUGCGAACUGAAGGCCAUACAACUCAAGCGUAACAAUGCAGGUACAGGUUCCAUUGACGACGAAGACAAAGUAAUGUACCUCGCCCAACUUGUCUUCAAACGAGACGACAGUCCGGACCUACAAACAUACAAACUCUUCACCAACCCCGUCUUCGUGACACCCCCGCCCUGUCGCGCUGGUCCAAAGGGCGCCCAUGAAAUUCAUCUUAGGGAGCUGCAUAAAUACAGCGAGAGAAACAUUUGGACAAUUGAGCAGCUGAGGGAACAUACGGCUGAGGAUACCGAGGAUAUCGAUGUUAUGGUCAUUAAUGCUACGGGAAAGGGAGCAGAGUUGCUGGCGAGGGCUUGGUGUUCGGAGAGGGGGAAGAAUGCGGUUAUACGGAGGGCCGGUGGGCCUUGUUAUGUUUGUGCUGUGCAGGCGGCUAGCCAGGCUGGUCUGCGGACUGGGGUGUUGAUUUGGGUUUCUUGAGCGCUAAAUGAAAGGACUGUGAAGUGCGACUUGGUUUUGUUUGACUUGUUAUCUGAGUGGUUUUCUGUUCAUCUUCAAUGUCUUGUAGUUCGCGUCUUUUCAUUUGUUGUCAAUAGCCCUGUUUCUUGUUUCAUUUCAAUAUUCCUUAGCUUUCUCCUGGACUCAUUUCUCUCGCGUGUAGUAUCAUUGUAUCACAGUAUCAAACGCAACAUCAUUUCA